CGUGGGAGACUUGGUAAACAAAUUGCGAACAAUAUAUAAGGGUACCAGUUCGAAGUAACUUUACUCCAUCACGGUUUCUCAACCUCCUGUCUUAACCAAGCCGCACUCACAAUGGCACGCGCUAUUUUCGUAGUAACUGUACUGGUAGCCCUGUGCUGUACCAGCCAGGCUUUCCCGCCAGAAAAAUCAGAAAAAUGGGACAACGUAAUAAAGGAGCUUGAAGAGAGGAUAAAAGAUAUGCCGUCCAAGUCCACAUUUGCUAACCAACCUUACUUCUUAGGAAAGCUAAUAGGAAACGUUUUAAUCGAGGUUGGGGAGAUGACGAAAGAAGUCAUAGAAGGUGUACAAGAUAUAUUAGGUCAUGUAACUGACGCCACGCAAGAUAUGCUGGAAAUUCCUAAAAAAGGCAUUGAAAAGAUGAUCCCAAAUAACGAUACCAAGGAAAAGAAAACGAAUCCCACGGAGGAAGCCCAAGUUGCCGGUAUACUAAAUGAUAUGCAAGACGAAAUGAAUAAUAAACUGAAAGAUUUUAAAGAUUCUCUUAAAGAUUCUCUUCGAAAUAUUGAAAAGCGCGGUAAAGACAAAAUGGAAAAAAUUAAAGAACAUAUUAAAGAUGAUAUUGAAAAACUAAUAAACUAGGUUUAGAAGACAUGAAGGAGUUGACAAACAAGAUAUUUGACGACUUGUCUAUGUUAAAGGAUACUACGAGAAAAUCAGACAUUUAUUUGGAUGAUUAAUUUUAACUUCGAGAUAUAACUUAGGUUCAUUUAAAGUUGAUGUGUUCAGAGACGCCACACGCUUUUAAGCAUUGUCAAACAUUUCUCAGCGAAUUUUAAAGUUCCUUUUAAACAAUUCACACAAUCUCUAAAAGAGUUUAGUGAUGUCAAACCCAGUGAAUAAAUUUUGUAACGCAUCUGUCCUUUAAUUCGCGAGUCUAUUGAUUAAAUAUCGCAUGUGGUGUCUUUAUUUCAAUUAGCGACAUCUUAUUUCAUCAAAUUACGAUCACUAUUAAUGUGAUAAUGUGAUGUAACAGUUAUCAAAAUUACUGUUUGCUAAAAAACAAAAAACACAUCCGCGUUAACACCACGAUGGAAUCGACUUCGGCCUCAGUGUAUCACGAAGAGUUCAAUAAAUAUGUUAAAGCAUUU